UUUCACCGCGAAUUUUGAAGAACUUGUCCGAAGACAAUAUUUAUUUUUCCGGCUUCAGUACUUCAAGAUUUUGAUCGAUUUCUCCUUGAAUGAUUUGUUUGCGAAUUGUUAACUCACAUCGAAUGUUACCAAGACAUUUUGAUUCUACUCAGAGUCGAGAUUGUAAGAUCGAUCACUCACGCUCUGUUUGGCUAGUCACUCGCAGUCAAUCAUGAUAUUUGAUACAUGAUACUGGUCACGACGUCUUCUUCCUUAACUCAUCGAAGUUUGGAACUGUGAAGGACUCUGUGCACUGUAAACACUUUGGAAGUGCUUGUGCCUGUCACUGCAGCUUAAACGUGGAGUUUUUUUUUACGUCCCUAAGUGGAAGUUUUGUUUAGAAUCGUCAAGAAUCACAGCUGCCACAUUACAGAGCGCUGCUGAAAUCUAAACUGGUCAUCGAUGGAUCACGAACGAUUGGACACGGAUCAGUCAAGGUUAUCAAGGAAUCUUGAACAGUUUAUUGCUGUUUGGGACUUUGAACCAUCAAAAAAAGAUGAAAUAGCUCUACUGAAGGGGGAUAUUGUUUUUGUGGUGAAGAAGUAUCAAGAUGGUUGGUACCGUGGCAUCCGUUACAGAGGUUAUCAGGCUGGUUGUUUUCCAGGGAAUUUUGUUGAGAAAGAUUCAAGUGAAAUUGGAAAUUGGCAGGACUUACCUUCACCAACCUUGGAGGGGAACUCAAAAGUUCUGGAAGAUUUAGAAAAUGAUCGAGCCAAGCUGACAUCAGAGGCUAAUGGAACAGAUGAUCAGUGCAAGGAGAUGGAAGACAGACAGCCUGAUGCCAAUCAUAAUAAUGAACUGAACAGAUCUGAUUCACUUAAUGGUGGUAAUCUCAGUCCUAGUGCUUUGACGUCUUUUCAUGGACUGAAUAUAAUUGCUGAACAAAUGGGACAGGGAGAGGAAGAAUCAGAGGAACGAAAAAGAACAAGAGCUGCAAUGGAACUCUUGACAUCUGAGGUGUCUUACUUCAAUGGAUUAAAUCUCCUUUCUGGGCAUUACAUUAGGCCUCUCAGGAAACUUCGCAUUAUUUCUGAUGAAGAUGUAAAGAAAAUUUUUUCCAAUGCAGAGUCCUUAGAGUCCAUUAGUAAAGAGUUGGUUGCUAAACUGCAAACGCGUUUAGCUUUCUGGGAUGUCAAUACAACUUUGAUUGGAGAUGUUCUUGUAGAAAUGUUUUCCUAUUUGAUGAUGUUUGAACCAUAUUUCAAGUCAAGGAAGAGAGGGAAUGAGGUGAAAAUGAAAUUAGAAAAAAACAAUGAGAAGUUCAGAAAUUUUUUGGCCAAGGUCAGCUGCAAUCAUACCCUUGACUCAUUGUUACUUAUGCCAAUACAGAGAGUUCCCAGAUAUGAACUGAUAUUGAAAGAAUUGGUGAAAAGAACACGUGAGGAUCACCCAGAUUAUGAGAAUUUGAAAGACGCUCAGAGCAAAGCCCAGAAGACUGCAGAGGCCUUAAAUGAACACAUCCGUCAAAUAGAGAAUGAAACAAAAGUUGUUGAAGUAAUGAAGAGCUUUCCUAAUGAUGAAUUGAAUCUUAUUCGACCAGCUGCCACACAGUAUUCUACAGGAAAGCUGUAUGGUUCUGUGCGCCUUAGGAAACAUGAAAGAGACCAGAUGACAAGUAUAUCUAAAACACUUAAAAGAAUCUCACUUCCCCUGAUGGACAGCAUUGAAAUUCAGACAUCUCCAAAGCUCUCCCGAGUACAUGCAGACACGCGGUCACCUAGUACUCUUCCUCGAUUUCACAAUGGUGAUAGUAGCGACAGUGACAGUGAAACAGACUCUGUGUCCUUAGGGGAAACAUUUAUCACCAGCACAUAUAUUUAUGAGGGUGAAGUUGAACGUGUAACUAAGAAAGCCACAGGUUCUAACGAUGGAGGAAUGGUCCAUGAAACAGUUGAAAGAUAUCUUUUCUUAUUUAACAAUGUCUUAUUGGUUGCGGUGGCGUCAGAAAAUCGUAUAACAGGAAAGAAAACUUAUAAACUGAAGGACAGUGUUUCCCUCGUCCAGGCCUGGGUAACAUCACCCAGUGCAUAUUAUACAAAUCCACCAGAUAAGAUGUUUAUUCUUGGGACCCCUACACAAAUCUACAAGUUUUUAGCUCCAUCAGAAAGACAGAAAGAAAAGUGGGAGGAGAAACUGAAAACACAUAUUGAGAAAGAAAAACAAGCAUUUGUUGAGUCAUUCCAAGGGUUGCCUGUACCAGAUGGGGAAUUCUUAGCAGUUUCAUUUGAUGCCAAGAUUGAUUACCAUCAGACUGUUGACUUUGAAUUAAAUUUAAGACAGAGUGAAGAAGUUCUGGUAAUUGGAUUGAAAGCUGGCAAUUUAUGGCUUCCAGGGUUAUUUUCAAAUAGUGUUUGUGAACUUGACUUAGCAUGGUGGCCAGGACUUUACAAAGGAAAAUUUGGAUGGUUUCCAGCUCAGUGUGUCACAGGACCUGAAAUGACAGCAUAUAAUGGAACAAAUGAGUUUCAUCCCAUUCCUGUGGCCACAGCAUUGAAUGAGAUCAAACAGAAAAUGAUGGACUGGACUGGCAGUUUACCCAGAGAACCUAUCACUGGGGAUAUGACAGUGUUAAAGGUCUUUAAACCUGACAAGACAUUUAAGACCUGCAAGGUAGAACCAGGUUUCCUAAUUUCUGAUGUUAUGCGGCAAUACACAAGGCACAGAAGUUUUGUUGGAGGGCAGAUUGAUGCUUCAGUGUUGGAAAUGUGGGAGGAAUCAGUUGAUGGUUCUGUUCACAGAUGCUUGGAUCCCGGGGAGAAGCUGAGUAACAUCUUUGCAAUGUGGGGAAAAUAUCAGGGAAAGAUGAAGCUUGUUGUUCACAAUAAAGAUGAAAGACAGGGACUAGCAUCUGAUAAGAAAGAGGAACAAAAACCAGAACCACCCACUGGAGUGCUUAUCUACUUUGAUUAGCUUCAAAACAGUUUUUAGUAAUUCACAUUUCAGUCAACAUUGUGUCCACAAAUACACAAUAACUUGCUAACUAUUUUAAAAUUAAUAGUACAUUUAGUUUUUAUUGGAGCAAGUGAGGAAAUUUUUAAUUUUCUCUGAGAUGCGUAAUAGAAAUACAACAUACAAUUUUAUCAAAUGAAAAUCCUAAAGUUUUAUUAUCUUUAAUUAUGAAAUCCAGAGUGCUAUGAGUGAAGGCAAAGUCAAUAUUACAAUUCAAUUGCGUACCCCUUUCAGUCCAUGCCCAAGAGUAUCUUAUUUAUACUGAAAAUGUGUAUUUUCUCUUCUAGUUUCUCUUAGUUAUCUUAAUUCCAAACUGCAUCAAUCAACCCUCAGUUUCCAAAAUAGGGGAUUUUUUCAAAAUUUUUUUUUAAAUGCUCCAUCAAAUAGUUUUUGAUAAUGGCAGACUUGUAAAUUUUAUUGAAAAAUAAUCACAGUAUUCAUUUGAAGGAGACCAAUGAUAAAUGACUAUAUGGUUACAGUCCCGAUAAAUUAAAUCUGGCUUUCUGAGUCCAUUUUUAAUCAAUUAUUUUUAGAUAUAGAGAAGAAGAUUAGGGAUAAUUUAGCAUACACUAGUCAGCUCAGAACAAUUUUUGAUUUUCUUUUUUUUCCACUCAUUAAGUUAUUUCAUAUGAGCCUAGUAUACCUACUACACCUAAGUCUAUGUUUACUCUUUAUGUCACUCCUUUGUGCAUAAUGCAAUCUCGACAGAUAUUCUUCAUCCCAGAAACUGCUGAGCUCUUUCACUCCAAGAGUGAAUUCAAGGCAUUAGGUUCAGCUGUGGAAAAAGUUUGGUAUUAAAACUGAGCCCAGCACCUCAAUCAACAGCAAAUUGGGAAAAGAUAAAAUGCAAUAAAACUUUUCUUUAGUACAUUCAA